AUGCCGUUCGAAAGAAGAAAGGCAGUUUAUGAUAUUGCGUCUAAAUAUGAUAUUAUCAUUGUCGAAGAUGAACCAUACUAUUUCCUCCAAUUGGACCCUCACGUCAAAGCUUCAGAACGUACUAAGCCAGCCCAUGUUUCCAAUGAAGAAUUUAUCAAAUCUUUGGUUCCAUCUUUCCUUCAUUGGGAUGUCGAUGGUAGAGUCAUCAGAUUGGACUCUUUUUCUAAAGUGUUUGCUCCAGGAUCUCGUCUUGGUUGGAUGACUGAUCAAAAGACCAUUCUUGAAAGAUUCCUUAGAGUCCACGAAACUUCUAUCCAAACUCCUUCUGGUUUUUGCACUGCCAUUAUCUAUGGUACCUUAGCUCGUUGGGGUCAAGAAGGCUUCAUUGAUUGGUUGCAAGUCUUACGUCAUGAAUACACUUACAAGAGAGAUUCUGCCAUCGACUCAGCUUUCAAGUAUGUUCCUUCUUUUGCUGAAGUUCAUGUCCCAAUUGCUGGCAUGUUUUUCACCAUUAGCUUUGACGCUACCAAGCACCCAGAAUUCAAGACCAAGUACAACAGCGAUCCAUUGGCUUUGGAAAAGGAUAUUUAUGAUAUUACUAUCCAAAAAAAUGCUCUUUUAGUUCCUGGCUCCUAG